AGAUCAGCCUGAGGCUUGCCAGAAAGCUGCUUUCAGAGAUCCGGGGUAUUGCCCAUCUCUUUAUACACACCUGGUUGGAGUAUCCUUGGACUUUCUUCCCCUGACAGAACAACUUCCCAAUGUCACCAUGACAUUCAAGACCUGGCUCCAACUUUCAGACCCAGAUCGACUUUGUUUGCUUUCCAGCCUUCUUGGUCACUUCCAGACUCCUCUAGGAGAACUAGAGGGCCACCAGGGCUGGAAGGGAUCCUUGAGGAAACGGCUUUGGACUGCCCAGCUGGACCUUCGGGACUUGCGGUCACAUCUCCAUUAUCAGAUGAAGGCUAUAGGAUACAGUUCUCGGGAGGAUGAGGAAGCACGAGGUCCGGAGGAAAGGGCCUUAAGAAGAAUUUCUCUCACUGUGCGCCAGGUCUCCUGGCCACAGCUUCUGAGGACCUACCAGCUUCUCCGAUCCCUGGAGCUUGUCCUUGCCAGAGCUGUCCGGGAUUUCCUUCUGCUCUCAAAGGAAGUCGCUCAAUCACAGUCCCUGGCUACUUAAGAAGUACAACUUUCUACCAAGGGGUGAUGCUCUCCUUUUACCCGUGUCACCUCUCCCUCCCUUACAUUUGGUUUCCAACCUGAGGCUGAGCCCCCUGCCAUGAGCCAUCUAGGAGAGAGAGCUCCCAGUUUCCUUCCCCUGCCAAUGGUAUCAUCUCUGGUCAGGAAACUGUGGUAUGUGCCCCUUUGGUUCUCUCUCACUUCACCCACUGAGCCCAUUCCCAUCCCAUAAUUUAAGAGCCUUCAAGUUUAUGCAAGAUAUUUAUUUCUUGGAUAUUUAUUUAUUUUUCAGGAAAGUGCUAAUUGUAUUUAUUCUUUUUUGAAAAAAAAAAAACGGGGAUAGU